AUGCAUGCUCUAAUUGAAUUGCAGACAAAGAUCAAGCCGCUCGAGGAAAUGUAUGCGUUUGAUAUCUUCCAUAGUGCUGCUCUGUCUGCAGCUGAUGUAGCUGCAAAACCCAUUGUUUUACUUAUGGGUCAAUACAGUGUUGGAAAAACCACUUUUAUUAAGCAUCUUUUGGGUAGAGAGUAUCUUGGAGCACAUAUUGGACCCGAGCCAACUACGGAUCGAUUCAUUGCCAUUAUGGACGGGCCGGAACGGACUAUUCCUGGAAACGCAGCAGCAGUUAGCACAGAUCUUCCCUUUACAGCGCUCAGCCAUUUUGGAGUUUCGUUUCUCAACAAAUUUCAAGUUUCACAAGCCCCAGUACCUGCACUUGACAAUGUUAUUUUGAUCGACACGCCUGGCAUUCUAUCUGGUGAAAAACAGCGUAUUGGACGCGCAUACGAUUUCCCACAGGUCAUUGAAUGGUUUGCUCAGCGUGCUGACAUGAUUUUAUUGCUGUUUGAUGCACACAAGCUUGAUAUCUCUGAUGAGUUUAAAGAAGCCAUCAUGACAUUGCGCGGGCACGACGACAAGAUUCGCGUGGUACUCAACAAGGCAGAUAUGAUUACUGGCCAACAGUUGAUGCGUGUAUAUGGUGCGCUCAUGUGGUCUCUUGGAAAGGUAAUGCAAACUCCAGAAGUAUCGCGAGUAUAUAUUGGUUCUUUUUGGGAUCAGCCCAUGCAAAAUCGGGAUUGCGAGUUGCUCCUCAAGGCCGAGCAGAAGGAUUUGUUCAAUGAUAUCAAGUGUUUGCCCAGAAAUGCAACAAUUCGUAAAAUCAACGAAAUUGUCAAGAGAGCCCGCAUGGUUCAGGUUCACGCACUCAUUGUUUCUCAUCUUCGAGAAGAGAUGCCCAGUUUUUUUGGAAAAGAAACCAAGCAAAAUGAUUUACUUAAAAAUCUUGGAAUAGAGUUUCAAAAGAUUCAACGACUGCAUCAGCUAUCUCCUGGUGAUUUUCCUAAUCCUGACCGAUAUCGAGAAAGGCUUGCCGAGUUUAAACUCAAAAAGUUUCCAAAGCUCGACAAGAAAAGCAUGCAGCUUAUCAUGGAUGCUUUGGGGAAUGAUUUGCCCAACCUAAUGCGGCAGAUUCCAGAAGCACCUCAAAUUCUCCCUACGCAUAUACAGAAUCCUUUUGCUUUUGCAGCAUCAGAAGAUUUACUUGGUGGCUCUCCAAAUGGUGCACCGUCUGAGAUAGAAAUGUACGAUUAUCAGUGUAUUGAUCGCAAACCCUACGUUGAUCAAUUCAAAGCUUUAGCAGGGUCUGGUGGAGAUCGGCUUGCAGGGCCAGCGCUCAAACAUGUUUUUGAAGCUACAGGUUUAGAUAUGGUUUCAUUGGCUAAAAUUUGGACAUUAGCCGAUUGGACUCGAGAUGGAUACCUUGACACAGACGAGUUUGUUGUUGCAAUGCAUCUUUGUGAAGUCAAAAAGCGAGGAUGGGUAGCAGAGCUACCUGCCACUUUGCCAGAUACACUGCACCCAAAGCACCAAAUCUAA